AUGAAGGUGCUGGUCGCGGUGGACGACAGCGACGGCAGCCGCCAUGCGCUGGCCUGGGUGCUCGACCACCUCUUCCCGGCCGCCGAGCAGCAGCAUGAGGAGGAGCCUCAGCCACCGCCGGCGCUGGUGCUCGUCCACGCCCAGGAGCCGCUCCGGCACGUCAUGAUGUACCCGGUCGGGCCAGGGUCCGCGGUGUACGGCGCGCCGUCGAUGAUGGAGUGGGUGCGGGCGGCGCAGGCGGAGAACGCACGCAACCUGCUCGACAGGGCCAACCGGAUCUGCCACCGACGAGGGGUGAGCUCGGAGGGCGUGGUGGUGGAGGGUGAUCCCAGGGAGGCGUUGUGCCGCGCCGCCCAAGACAUGGGCGCCGGGCUGCUCGUCGUCGGCAGCCGUGGCCUCGGCGCCAUCAAGAGGGCGUUCCUGGGGAGCGUGAGCGACUACUGCGCGCACCACGCGAGCUGCCCGAUCAUGGUGGUCAAGCCUCCUCACGACAACGAGCAUGACCACCGGGCGACGACCUGA